AUGGAGCCUUACGAUCUCCGCAAUAUAUUAGAUGAUUGCCUCAUAGAAUUAGAGGAGUCUAGAGACGAAUGCGCUGAGCAACGAUUAGCUAUGACACUAAGGUACUUAGCAACCGGCGAUCAAGUAAAUUCCAUUGCCGAGGUUUAUAAUGUUGGAGAAUCGCCUCUUUACUACAUAAUUACCACCACUUGCGAUGCUAUUUACAGAGUUUCGUCUCCGAUAUAUAUAAGCUUUCCUUCAGAACAAAAAUGGCGUAAUAACGGUAGAAGUUUUGAGCAACGAUGGAAUUUACCUCAUUGCCUUGAUACCAUUGACGGCAAGCACAUACAUAUACGAGGUUCACUUUUUUUCAAUUACAACAAAACCUACAGCAUUGUACUCAUGGCAGCUUGCAAUCACCGAUACGAGUUUACGUGGAUAGAUGUUGGUGCCUUCGGAGGUGAGAGCGAUGGUGGGAUUUUCUCAAGGAGUGCUUUUGGUUCUCAUUUGCAAGAUGAAAUUUUACCAAUUCCAAAAGAGUAUAGUAAUUUACCUGGUUCACGGAUUGAAGUGCCAUAUUUUUUCAUCGGUGAUGACGCUUUCGCGCUAAGACCAGAUUUCAUGAAGCCCUAUUCAGAAAGAAAUUUAACUGAGGCACAAGAAGUAUACAAUUACCGCAUUUCUCGAGCAAGGAAUUGCAUGGAAUGUGCACUUGGCAUAUUAGUUAAAAGAUGUAAAGUAUUGGAAGGACGCAUUGGAAUUCAUUCUAAAGAUAUUGACAGAAUUGUUCUGGCGUGUGCAUGUUUACAUAAUUUUGUAAUGAGCCGCACUCAGUUUGAAUCAAGGAGCUGCUCUACACAUGGAAAUAAUAAUCAAUAA